UGGGUACAUACCGAUCAGGACACCUUUGGUUUGUUCCGUUCAUACUUGGGAGAUUUCCCGUCCUAUGAUCCUGAAAAUACCAUGUCGUUUGACGACAUUUGCGACUCUCGCACCUUCCAACCAGCUGAUGGUCCCAACAAGCAUACGCGACCCUGGUAUGCAGGCUUCGGCACUGCCAUUGAUGCUGUUCAUCGCACCUUCUUCGCACCUUUCCUCAAUGCUACGACUUUUCGGCUCAUGAGUUGGUUCUACAACUCAUCUACCGGUAGAUCUAUUGCCGACCUUGACCGCCUAGUGCAAGAGGUGAUGCUUGCUGAAGACUUUGAGCGCGAGGACUUGAGAGGAUUUUCCGCGUCUCGGGAGGCUAAGAGAAUGGAUCAAGCAGGCGAAGAUCCAAACUCGGGUCUGUUUACGUCUGACAGGUGGCAUGAGGCCUCUGUGAAGAUUAAGCUGCCUGCGGAGAAGGAGAAAUUUGCGUCAGAAGCAGAUGCCCCCGAAUUCGCAGUCGAAGGACUUUACUAUCGCAAGCCGCUCGAAGUUCUCAAAUCGGCUUACGAAGAGAUGUCCUCAAGGACGUUCCAUACCACUCCCUUCAAAGUCUUCUGGCACCCUGACGAACAUGAAUUCCCUGAACGAAUCAUCACCGAAGUCUAUACUGCUGACGCAAUGCUCCAGGAGCAUCAGCAAAUCAAGGCACAGCCUCGGGGGUGCAAUCUAGAGACGGUUGUUGCUGCUAUCAUGGUGUGGUCAGACUCGACACAUCUUGCGUCAUUCGGGCACGCUGCACUA